UUAUGCUUUCACUUCCCUUCAAUUCAAGUAGAUGGCAAAACCCAUGACCCGACCCAAAACCAAUUUAGGCUUCCUACUUGUUUAACGACCCAAAAUCAAAACAAUCACUUUUCAUCGCUUAGCUUGGCUUCUGAGAGUUGAUUUAUAAUCAUUUGACCCUUACCGGUGGCCGGUUGUUUGGGCAGCAUCAUGUCAGGCACUGUAGAUGUAAAAUAUCAAGAAAUGGUUGAUGAGAGUGUCCCUGAGGAGUCUCAGAAGUCUAUGCCAUCGUCUGAAGACGAGGAGGCUGCAGUUAAAAAAAAGUAUGGAGGGAUCAUGCCGAAGAAACCACCACUCAUCUCAAAGGACCAUGAGCGUGCUUAUUUUGAUUCGGCAGAUUGGGCGCUUGGAAAGCAAGGUGUUUCAAAGCCAAAAGGACCACUUGAAGCCCUUCGGCCAAAAUUGCAGCCCACACAACAGCAAACACGAUAUAGAAAGUCUCCUUGUGCUCCAUCGGAUGGUGAAGAUGCAGGGAGUGCUCCAUCUGAGGAAGCUAGUGGUAAUGAAUAAGAAAUUAUUGUUGAUGGUCUCAUGUUGUGAGGACCAUUCAUAAUCAUCUGAUGCCUACAUAUGUUAAUGUGUAACUUUCAGCUGUUCCCAGUAAUCACGCAAAAGAAACAAAUCGCAAUAUUUGUUGUAGUCAAGAGACGUUGUGAACUAUAAAUCACGGUUCCAAUGUUUGGUUUUUCUUUUAGGGAUGAGAGAAUAAUGGCUUGUUUUCUGAGUGAUGAGCUUUAUAUUUAGGCUUUAUUUAUGCAAAUGCAAUUCUUUGGGUC